AUGUCCUCUCCCGAUGCCUCACGAAAGUCGACCGAAAGCUUCGAAUUCCUAUCGCCCAAUCCUCCUCAGGGCACCUUUGCGCCCCCCUCACAACAUGACUGGACAAGCAGACCCAAUUCAACGGGCGGGCGUUACAAGCCGCGACGUGGCUCAACCGCAUCUUCAAUUCACUCCAUCGGCGGUUCACUCGACAGUAACUUCAAAACCACCAUGGGCGCCGUGAGAGAGCAAAGCAACAAUGCUAUCUCGACGCUUCUGACCCCUCCCAUUAUGCGGACGGGCAUGGUUCCCCAUACAACCGCUACAGCUACCUCCAGCCACCGACCGCCCUCUACCAAAGACAUACCGCCCGUGACCCUCGCCCACAUCCCCCAUGUCGAACCCUCUGCCUUCAAUCCCUACCUCACCCAAGUGGGUAAUCUCUACGAUGCCUUUCAGCGUGCAAAGGCAGAGGCUGGCGAGUCGGCACAACAACCGAGGAGGGCGUCAACCAAAGACGAUGGUUCUGACACUCUGGUACCCUCGCCAGCCGGCACGCCAAAUCUAGCAGCAGCGCCCUUUGGCCCAGAUACCACUCCGAAACCGAAACGCCGAACUAGCGCAUCGAAGCGUCCCUUACCGGCAAUUACACCACUUUCUACGAUACCCAAUAUUUACUUUGAUGAAAACUUCCACAUUGAGAACCCACGAACUUUUGACGUUGUCAGCGAGCGAUCCGAGGUGGUGAGGCCGGUGCGGAGCAUGAGUAGCGAUGAUCCUGGCGCGCUGGACGUACCACAACCGAUAGGGAGGAAGGCCCUGGCAACGAAUGCGAUACUACAGGAGAAGCUAUCAUGGUACAUGGACACGGUUGAGGUGCAUCUGAUAUCCGCGAUUUCAACGGCAUCAACAUCCUUUUUCGCUGCCCUCGGAUCACUCCGCGAACUCCAGACCGAAGCUGCAGACUCCGUCGCCAGGAUAAAAGGGCUGAGAGAAGACCUGAAGAGAUUGGAUGAGCAGAUGGCGAUCGGGGGCUUGAAGGUUGUCGAAAUGAAGAGGCGGAGAGAGAACCUGAGAAGGCUGACCGACUCAGUCGACCAGCUCCAAGCUGUAAUCAUGGGGCUUUCGUAUUGCGACGAGGCCGUCGUUGAAGGCGACCUGGAGACUGCUAUGACUCGCAUCGAAAUGAUAGAACGACUCGUUACUGGUGCACUGGAUACCACCGACACACAGGGGACCUCGUGGCUGAAAACGCGACUGCCCCCAAAAUUAAUUGAUUUACGACCUUUAAGAGCCCUGGACGACGUAUUUGAAAGCAUGACUGAGAUCAAGUUCCGGAUCGGAAGAGGCUUCGAGGCGCGUUUUGUAGACACCUUACUUACGGACCUACGUGAGCAUGUCAAGCGUGUCCCGAACCAGGAGACAUUGAAAAGAUGGGUUGCAGCCUCUCAGAAAGGACGUGGCAGCAACCAGAAGCUUAAGACAACUCUUCCUGCUUACAUGUCGACCGAGAACGAGCUCCGAGCGGACCUUCGAGCCAGCUUAUACGGCCUAAGUGGAGCACAGUUCACGAACCAGGCGAGUACAACAUUCAGGGAAGCGGUCCUUAAAGAGAUGAAAAUCAUUAUUCGGAAACAUCUGCCAAGCUCCUCAGAUGACGAUACUGGGUCCAUGGCAUCUGUAUCAACAAGAGGUGGGCGUGGACAAAGCCAGGCGGACAAGAACUCGAUUCUUGCACGAAAUCUGCGGGCAAUGGACCCUGGCGAUGCAGAAGAGUUCUUCGCAAACAUCUUUACCAAUAUUGGCGAGGCACUGCGUCGACUCAGUACUUUGGUCAAGGUGUUGCUCGAUGUAACCAGUGGUGUCACCACACCCCCUGUCUCUGCAGGUGGUUUACUAUCCCCAAGGAAUUCCUACCUCAACAAUAUCGAUGAUUAUUUGGGCAACGGCGCGCCCCCGUCCUCUUCCACCGACUUGCAAAUGGAGAUUAUGCAAGCUCUGGAUAUGUCAAGCCUUCUUGGCCAGGCAGUCGAUGCUGCUCAGACGCAGAUUACUAAGCUGCUAAGAGUUCGCUCGGAGGCAACUGCAAGCCUCCCGCUCGAUAGAUUCCUACGGUAUUUUACAAUGUGCAGGCUGUUUGCCGACGAGUGUGAGGCGGUUUCUGGACGAUCCGGUGCUGCAUUGAAGGGCGUGGUCAACACACACAUAACCGAUUUCGUGUCCAAGUUUGGAGACUUUGAAAAGCAGGAGCUUGCGAAAGCUAUGGACUCGGAUCGUUGGGAGCCAAAGGACUUUGACGCUGAAGACACAGAGGUUCUUGCGCGGUUAUUGAAGGGUAUGGAGAGUGAUCCUCCAAGCUGGGCAGAGACUGGCAAUAUCCUGCGAGAGGUUCAAGAACCAACCACAAAUGGCACGUCUGCCAAAACCAAUGGUACCUCUGAAGAUAAACCAAAGGAGAAAAAUAAGACCACUGUGCCUGCCAUUGUGGAUGAGGAAAAGUACACCAUAUCCUCGUCUUCUUCUGUCGUUAUCAGGGGAAUUGAACGUUUCGAGAUCCUCGUCUCCGUCAUGCCAAGCAUGACAUCUGAAGUAGCUGCCUCGCUCUGCGAAUACAUCAAGCUCUUCAACUCACGCCUAUGCCAACUGAUUCUUGGCGCUGGAGCCAUGCAUUCCGCUGGUCUCAAAAACAUCAAUACCAAGCACCUUGCCAUCGCUUCCCAAACUCUCUCUUUUAUAAUAGCCAUCCUUCCCUACAUCCGCGAGUGUUUCCGCCGCCGUGUCGCUUCUGCCAGCAACAAGUCAUCUCUUGGUGAAUUCGACAAUGUCAAGCGCUUGCUGCACGACCAGCAGAAUCAAAUCCAUGAGAAGCUGACAGAUAUUCUCUCCGGCCGCGCCACAGUGCACAUGCGCAGUCUCAAAAAGGUUGACUGGGACAGCGAGGCUGAAGCAAACAAAGACGUCAGUCCCAGCAUGGAGAGUUUGACCAAAGACACAGUUACUAUGCACAAGGUCAUCAACAAGUACUUGAGUGAGAUACAGGUUCGCAUGAUCAUGGGCCCGGUAUUUGAAAGCUACAGGGAACAAGUCGGUAAAGUCAUCAAGGAGGCGCCUGUCAAGACGGCAGCAGGUAAAGCACGUUUACUACGUGAAGCAAAACUCUUCGAUGCAAAACUUGGUCCAAUCGACGGGGCGGGUAACGUCGGUUCCCAUCUCAUUGGCCUGGUAGUCAGUAAGACGGUUGCGGAGCCGAAGGCUGAGCCAAAACCUGAAUCCAAAGAAGUAGAAGCGAAACAAGAGGGAAAGGAAGCUAUGGUGGGACCGAGUACUGAGAAAAAGGCUAAUGGAGAUACGACAUGA